AUGGCGCGGAGACAACACCUCUCGUUGAUGAUCAUCCUAGGCGUCGUGGCCUUCUUCAGCAUCUCGUACCUCUUCUCCGGCUCCUCACGCGAUGCCGCGUCCCCCGCACCUCCCGCCGCCGCCGCGCCCCUGAAGGGCGACUCCGUCUCCUCCUCGAGCAACGACACACCCGACCUCGGCCACAUCUCGAACAGCAUCCUCGCCGGCGAGUCCAUCGCCCCCAAGCUGGAGAAUGCGACCGCCAAGGCCGAACUCGGUCGCGCCUCGUGGAAGCUCUUCCACACGAUGAUGGCCCGCUUCCCCGAGAAGCCGACGCCCGACGACUCCCUCGCCCUCAAGACGUACAUCCAGCUCUUCGCCCGGCUCUACCCGUGCGGCGACUGCGCCGCGCACUUCCGCAAGCUCCUCGCAAAGUACCCGCCCCAGACGAGCAGCCGCAACGCCGCGGCCGGGUGGGCCUGCUUCGUCCACAACGAGGUCAACACGCGCCUGAAGAAGGAGCAGUUCGACUGCAACAAGAUUGGCGACUUUUACGACUGCGGGUGCGGCGACGAGGAUAAGAAGAAGGCCGAGGCCGGGGAGAAGCCCAGUCUGGAGCUGGAGAGGGACGGCGUCACUCACAAGAUGGAUUUCACGACCACCGGCAUGCUCAACGAAGAUGGCAUCCACGUCGACAUGGACAGAUUAAAGAAGGGAGAGGUCAACCUCGGAACCUCGAUUAUGGCAGUCACGUUCAAGGACGGUGUUAUCCUGGGUGCUGAUUCCCGGACAACGACGGGCGCCUACAUCGCCAACCGCGUCACCGACAAGCUCACACAAGUCCACGACACCAUCUGGUGCUGCAGAUCAGGCUCCGCCGCCGACACCCAGGCCGUCGCCGACAUCGUCCAGUACCAGCUCGGCCUCUACGCCAUGCGCAACGGCAAGCCCCCCACGACGCAAACGGCCGCCGCCAUCUUCCAGGAGAUUUGCUACUCCAACAAGGACCGCCUGUCGGCCGGUCUCAUCAUCGCCGGCUGGGACGAGCGCCACGGCGGCCAAGUCUACUCCAUCCCCCUCGGAGGCUCCCUACACAAGCAGUCAUACGCCAUCGGCGGCUCCGGCUCGACAUACAUCUACGGAUACUGCGACGCCAACUGGAAGGAGGGCAUGGAGGAGAAGGACGCCGUCGACUUCGUCAAGGGCGCUCUGCGGGAGGCCAUCAAGUGGGACGGAAGCUCCGGUGGUGUCAUCCGCAUGGUCGUCCUGACGGCCAAGGGUGCGCACCGGCAUCUGUACCUGCCCGACGAGGACUACACGGUGAAGCACUGA